AUGCCGGUGAAGAUCGUGCUGAGCCAAACGGCAUCAGUCCGGCACAUCGCCCUAGGCGAUGAUCAUAUUGCUGCCGGGUACAUGGCGAAUCUUUACAUCCCGGUCAUUGAUACGAACAAAGCCGCCAUCAUCAAACGCUACGAGGUUGCUAAUCAGAUUUCUGGACUCCAUUUCAAGGAGGACAAUCACUCUGUUGUCUAUGCCGUUGACGACUCAUUCGGUGUACACUUGUUCGACAUUCGAUCAGAUUCAAAAAGGAAGAUUCGCUUGAAUCCGGAGGUGGAAAACCAUUUGGUCGUUUGCUCGGCCAUUUCGAAUAGCUACGUGGCAGUAGCUAGUCAGACGUUUGGUGGUGGAAUUGCCGACGUUCGGGUCUCGCGCAAGAAAGAGCAGCACCCUCAUGUCGUCACGCUUUUCGACAUUCGACGCCUUCAGGAGCCAAUUACGACAUAUGCUAAGAAGCAUACAUCGGAAAUCGUCAGCAUGGAAUUCUAUAAGAAUCACCAGAGUCUGAUCGUGGGAGAUCUCAGUGGAUGCGUUCGAUCGUACAAUUGUCAAAAACGUGAUGAGGACAAUGCUCUUCGCUGGACUCGCUUCCUAUCGGAGCCGGUGAGCUCAGUGGGCUUAAUUAACAAGCGUAUUGCAUAUGCAAUUGGAGACAACCAGGAUUGCAGCGUAUUUGUCGAUACCAAUAAUGAGCUUGAAGUUCUGUUCGGCUCGGCAAGAGAGCGUCGCGAGGAGAAGAUAAAGCCGAAAAAAGCGGUUCGCUUCGAUCCGCCGGAGAUGCUCGUUUCCGUCAUUAAGGGAGUGAAUGAUGAAAUUCCAAUCGUUGCAGUUUGGAAAAAACAGAACAGUGACAAGAUUACGCUGACUGCAUUGGACCAGAAGGGUGUUCGCACUGAGAAGAUUGCUGAGUAUCAUGCUCAUGAUGGCAUCAUCAAAUGUUGCGCUGCAGAUAAGACACGUUUGGUUACUGGCGGUGAGGAUGGAAACAUAAUUAUUAAAAACGUCGACUUUAAGACGCAAGGACUGGCUUACACUCCAGAAACUGGGCUUUACAUCAGAAAGCCGAAGAAGGACAAGAAGAAGUCGAAGAAUGACAAACGCGAUGCUUCACCGGGAGAAAGCGAGACUGGAGAGUCAAGCUCAAAGAGAGUGCGCACCGAUGAACUUGAGUCACCAGAAAGUCCGGACCCAAUGCCAGAAGAAGACGCUGCCGACACUGAAGAAUCGACUUCGCCAGCUCUUGCGACUGAAGAAGUCCCAUCCAGCUCAGAAAGCGCGAAGAAAGGCAAUGAAGAGAAAACAUCGGCCAGCAAUGAAAAGGAAAAGAAAAAUUCGAGUGAGAAGGAGAAGAAGUCUUCCAACCAGGACAAGGAGAAAAAAUCGUCAAACCACGAGUUGGAGAAGAAGUCAUCGGCCAAUGACAAAGAGAAAAAGCCAUCUAGCAGUGACAAGGAGAAGCAACCAUUCACCGGCGAGAAGGAGAAGAAGUCGUCGGGAAAUGACAAAGAUAAGAAAUCAUCGGCAAUUGAAAAGGAGAAGAAGUCCUCAUCCAACGACAAGGGCAAAAAGUCUUCAGCCAAUGACAAGGAAAAAUCAUCAUCAGGACAUCAGAAGGAGAAGGCUCCGCCAGAGCAGGAGAAGGCCAAUGGACAUGAGAAGGAGAAAGCCACUGUUGAAAAACAGAAGUCUUACGACAAGGAUAAAUCUUCGUCAAAUAAUGACAAAGAUAAGAAGUCUUCUGACAAGGAUAGGAAAUUAUCCGAUAAAGAGAAGAAGUCGUCUCAUCAGGAGAAGGAUAGACAUAACGAGAAGGACAAAUCAUCAAAGUAUGACAGAGACAACAAGGCAAAGGCUGAUGCCGAUAAGAAGUCGUCAUCAAACUCUGACAAAGACAAGCCGUCGUCAAGUCACUAUGACAAGUAUAAGAAGCAUGGGUAUGAGAGUGACAGGAAAUCUUCUUCUAGUCAUGACAAGAAGCCAUCAUCGAGCCACGAUAAAGCGAAGGAUCGAUCGGAUCGCUACGACAAAGAUAGAAAGUACUCGAGCCACGAUAGAAGAGAUGAUCGCGAUCGCAAAGAUCGAAAGGAUCGUGACGAUCGCCGAGACAAGCGCUACAAGCCAUACUAA